UCUAGAAUGGGGAACAGCCAGACUGCUUUUGUAGGACUGCCCAAUGAUGCUGCUGUGAAUCAAAUACAGGUGUCUGCUAAGGAAGGCAGGAACCUCCCUUGAAAUGGAAAAAUGCAAAUCCCCCCUCCCCCCCCGAAUUAUUGUAAUCUUCAUAUCAAGGGGCUCUCAGGACAUUAUUUCACACAACUGUGUGGUGAUUUUUUCUAAAACAACAUGCCCAUACUGCAAAAUGGCAAAAAAACUGUUUGAGGGUUUGAAUGUCAAUUACACAGCUGUUGAACUGGACAUAAAUACAAACGGAAGGCAGUUCCAAGAUGCUCUGGAACAGAUGACUGGUGGCAGAACAGUCCCAAGAGUGUUUAUCAAUGGGACUUGUGUUGGAGGUGCAACAGAUACUCAAAAGCUUCACGAGGAAGGCAGACUGCUUCCUUUAAUUAAUCAGUGUCAAAUGAAAGCAAAUUACUGAGAACCAUCUCUUAGCUUCGUCUUCCUCUGUAUGAACAAUUUCAGAUGAGUUCAGAAGAUCACAGACAAAUGGCAGGAACUGCACUCAACACCCUCAAACCAUGGCUUUCUGAAUUAUGGAUCACUCUGACAGAUUUUAUGGACUUGGAAAAUUACUUGGUGUCUUUGCCUUAGCUUUCCCACAACCCAGAUGGUCAUUAGCAAACAUGUAACUCUUGGGGCUCUUAGUGAGCCAGUAAUGUCAUUUCAUUAUUACAUCCUGCUCCAGGGAAGUCCAUGCUCUGCAAAAAGAAUUCUGUGGGUUUUGCUGCACAUUAGUUUAUUUUCUAGCUUUGUCUUAAUAAACUGUCAGUUUCAUUUAAUGGUUUCUUUAAAUAUAAUUCUUUGUCAAAUUAAAGUGUAUAGCAAACCCAGUUUGUAGUCAUAUUGCUGUGUGCAUGUCUGCCUCGCUUGUAUUCCAGUGCCUGAUAACCCAGCUCCCAAAUCAUGUGUCCAGUGGAACAGAAAAGGGAAUAAAGAUUCUGGCAGCUUUAGAGAGUGAUAGCUUUCAUCUUUACUCUGCACUGUGAGGUAUCAGUCUGUAUUGUCAUUCAGGAUUGUCCUUCCAGGGGGAACAGGCACUCAACU